AGUUCAUUUUGAAAACGCCGUGACUAAUUUGUUCCAGCUUGCGAAUUUUGGUUUAUUUUCAUUCUAAAUUCGUAUUUUCCAUUCCAAAAGCCUUGUGAUAUCAACUUUACGUCCCAACAGACCCUUUGUAAACGAUUCUUGAGAUGGCUGAUUACGUCAAAGUUAAUAUAUCCAACUCGCAUAAUGAUGCCGUUGCAUUCGAAGUAAAGCUCGCCAAAGACUUAACCAUCGCUGCCCUAAAGAGCAAGCUUGAAAUAUCGACAGGCGCGAGUGCUGGCACCAUGAAAGUGGAACUGUACAAAGGCGAUAAGCUUUUGGACACCCUGGAUAACAACGAUGCCCAGCUGGGAUACUAUGUCAACUGCGAUGGCCUUCGCCUCCACGUAAUUGAUACCUUCGCCAGCUUCUGCUUUGACGCCCCAGUUGAGAAAUUCGAGCUGAGCAAAGACCAGUACGACCAAAGAUCAGACUCCGUGCGGAAUUACCUGAAACAAAAUCGCCUGGGGAAGUACAACGAGGAGGAAAUGCAGCAGAUUGAGGAGAAGAAACGACAGCAAGCGGAAGAGCUGCAAAGGCAGGCCGAGCUGUGUGUCCUUGAUAAACGAUGCGAGGUGACUGUGCAGGGCAAUCCACGACGCCGUGGUACGGUCAAGUACAAUGGACCACUUGAGGGGAAAAGUGGUAUAUUCAUUGGAAUACAGUAUGAUGAACCACUGGGAAAGAAUAACGGAAGUGUCAAUGGAAAAGUAUACUUUGUGUGCCCUCCGAAUUAUGGCGGCUUCGUCUCACCGUUAUCCGUGACUGUGGGUGAUUUUCCACCAGAGGACUUCAACCUUGAUGAGGAACUCUGAACAUUUUUCCGAUUUAGCUUUUGAAUCUCGCAUCGCACAUCCCCACAUUAACUGAAAGACUUAACAAAACGUAUUUUAGUUAUGCCAUUUUAUAUUUAUUAAUUAAAACAUCUAUGUAUGUAUGUAUAUCAGAUAAUCUUACAACAUGAUUAUUUGUAAAUUCUAUAAUCGGCUUUAUCAUUUUUCUGAUUUAAUGGUGUUUUCAAACAAUUCACAUCUGUUUCUGUUUAUAUAAUUCGAAGUUCACCCUUUUGUAGACAAAAUAAAUACCAGAAGUAAGAGAACGUUCUAAAAUAUUGUGCAUAUGACAAUAGAACUGUCUGCAAAUUGUUAAAGAUCUCUUCUAGGUAGGGGAGCUUUCUACGUGAGGAUAUUUUCGGGCGUAUAUGUAUUAAGCUGCUUGCUUUAUAUGUAGGCAUAUUUAUGCUUGUAUUAUAUACUUAUGUGUGUGUUUGUGUAUGCAUGUAUGUAUUUUCUUUCUUAAUCCUAAUAUUUAUUCAUAAAUUGCAAUCAGCUGUCGUUUAACAACAAAUAUAUAAAACGUUGCAUGUAUUUACUCGAAGGUCUAGAAGUGUUUUAGAAAUGCGUCACAAUCAUGAUGGUUGCAAACUUUAAGUGUAACUAUGUUUUGGUAUUAAUAGACUGAUUUUGAGCCUCCACAUACUUGUCAAAUCAACUAAGAUAAAUGGUCGUCUUUUUCUACAUC